ACGCUAACAGUAGCACAUUGAGUACUCUGUGCAACUGGUUUCGUUGAGGUUGUUCAUUAAGAUGGACCGCAUAAUAUUGCUGGUGUUACUCUUCUGCUCGUUAUCGUCAUGCCAGUCGCCGUCUCCAACACCAGCUCUGCCGUUACCUACCGUCGGCCCAACCCCGUUCCCGACUCCCUUCCCCUCAACUCCCUUCUCACCUAGUCCGUUCACCCCAACGUCUUUCCCCCCAGGUUAUAACAACCGCUUCAACUAUCCUUACAACCCGCAAGCUGGGCCUGUGGUUCCUAUUCUGACGUACACAAAUGAUCAUGGCGCGGCCGGUACUUACUCUUACAGCUUCACGACUGCUGACGGUAAGCAAGCGCAGGAGAGUGGAUUCUUGAAAGAUGCAUAUAUUGACAACAAUGGCGAGCCUCAAGGCACUCAGGUUGUCCAGGGCAGCUACGCGUACGUAGCCCCUGAUGGUACUCCCAUUCAGGUUAGCUACGUCGCGGACGAAAAUGGAUUCAGACCAUCGGGUGUUCAUAUUCCCGCUGACGGCAAAGGAGUUGUCCCUUCCGCUAUCCCUCCAGUCCCUGGUGUGAUCCCUCCCGUCCCUCUCGUGGACGGUAAGAUUGACCCCGCCUAUAACAGGUACAACCCCUUCUAUAACAACCGAUACAACCGCCCUUACGACCCCAGGUACCCCUACGACGCAAGAUACCCCACCGACCCGAGAUACCCUAAUGACCCCAGAUACCCUGUGGAUCCUAGAUACCCCUAUAACUCUAGGUAUCCUCUAGACUCCAGAUACCCCUAUGAUCCGACCAAAUACAAUCCACUGUACAAUCCUUACAACAACUUCAACAAUGGUCUCAACAACAUCAAGGAGGCUAACAAAGAAACAGCAAAGAAGGAAACAUUGCAACAAAAAUUUUCGUAUAAAUACGGAGGGGUGUGCAUCAGAAGUGCAUCAUUUCUCAGUGUACUUUCGCAAGUCAGCUUUCAACUGCAGUUCAAAAUGAAGUGUCUAUUAGCUGUUCUCACGGUGAUAGGCAUCGCACGUGCUGAUGUGAGCAGUUUCCAGACGUUUCAUGGACAAGAAGUUCUGUCCGCGCCCCCUCACCCCCACGUGUUUCUGACCCCCCGCUCACAUCUGCCAUUGCCGAGCCCCAUCCCCCAUGCACAACCUCAACUUCGGUCACAAGAGCAGCAGUACACCACAGAACCAAUCCCAAUCAUACGUCAAGAGCAAAUUCUCAAUCAUGAUGGAUCGUACAAGUGGAGUUAUGAGACUGGGAAUGGAAUAUCGGCGGAGGAGCAGGGCUACGUGAAGAACCAGGGAGUGCCCGACGCUGAGAUCCAGACGGCACAAGGCCAGUACCAGUACACGGCUCCUGAUGGACAGGUGAUUCACCUCCAGUACUUGGCAGACGAGAACGGUUUCCAGCCACAAGGCGCCCACCUCCCAACUCCCCCCCCAAUCCCCGAGGAGAUCCAGAAAGCCUUGGACUACCUCGCUACCUUGCCGCCCAGUGAAACCCCGCAGGCCAGACCUGACAAACAUGGACCUAUCUUCAUAAAAUAACUAUUUCCGUUCUACCUGAAUUUAUUAAAAUAGCUUUUCUAUUGUGAUAAAAAUUCAAGUUCAUAUAUAGGAAUAAUUUUAAGAGUAAUUUAACGUAUAAAAAUCUAUAAAAUAGUACUAGUAGUUACAUAUCGGUAAACGAAGUCUUUUUUUAAAUUUGAUAGAAAGAGUAGUUAAAACAUGAUUCAAAACGAGAAAAAUAUAAUUCGAAAUCAACUACCAACUAAACAUGGAGUAGUUAUUAGGUAAUUAAAAAAAAGUUGAAUCUGUUUAUUAGUUAAGUAGAAAUAUUUUAUUUACGCUAUACAAUGUUCAAAGACGACAAUGAUUACUUAAUAAAGUUAAUAUAUUUCUUAUAUUAUUGUAACUUAUAAAAUUUUAUGAUUAAGGUUUAUUUUAUAAUAAAAUUUUGUAUCAUGUACUUAUUUUGCUUUCAUUCUAAUAAAACAACUAGUGCUCUUGACUUGUUAAUAACAUAAUUAUAGUGAUUUGUGAAGUGAUCGUGUUAACAAUUUUGGCUGUCAAAGCUAACCUUGUUACUUUGAGUAAUAAUAGGCUUCGCUAGCAAUUACCAGAUCGCUGUUUGUUAGCAGUUACAAUAGAUAUACGACUGCGGAUCGACCAAGCUGAUUGGACUAGCGAACUCUGCAGAUAUGAACCGAAGUCGAUACAUUUGGGCCGUCGAUUGUUCGUCAAUUUGGGGUGGUUUUAUAUCUACCUCUUCGCAGAUGGGCGCUCGACCUGGGUUGCCUAACCACCAACCGGUCGGUUCACUUUCUCCACUCGCCCGUGUCAAGGUCGCCGGCCAUCGCAUUGCCAUAAACUUCACAUGCCUCAUUUACACCGACGCGACGUGAAAUAAGUAGCCAUAAUUUAGUCA